UGUAUCACAUUUUACAUAGCACGGAGCACGGAAGCAGACGGUCCGCACUGAGAACUGGCCCACGUACAAUUAACAGGCUUCAUACAAAACUACCUACAAGUCUUCUUCAGCUCCCAGCCAGGACUUCCACAACAACAGUACAAACUAAAUCAAAUCGAGAAAUAAGAAAAUGCGAUAAAUAUUAAAUAACAUACUUAAAACAAUAAAGCGAAGGCGCAAACGAAUAAGUGAAUACAAAAUGAAUUUGAAAUUGUCGAAACGGCUUAAAAGUAAAAUACAUAAUAUGUAUGUAUCCACAUACAUACAUUGUAUAUUGAACGUUGAACGCUCUGCAGUUUUGUAGACGUGAGCAAAAAAAUGCGCAUGCUCUCAAUAAUAUUCUUAAUUCGCAGCAGCAGUUGAUAUAUACGCAAUGCAUCUCUUUGGAAUAAGCAAACGCACUUGAACAAAUCAUAACUAUCAAUUGAAAGAAAAGUGUAAAAAAGUUGCAAAAUGUGUAACAAGUGAAGGUGAUAAGAUAACUGCAAUUGUGUGCAAUUUGCGAUUACUGCAAAACGCCCAUAAGUCACAACAAUAACAAUAACAACAACAACAACAACGACAGCAGCAGCUAACACAACAAUAACAACGAGAGUAGCAACAUACUAUGUAGAGAGGGAAUUUGCUUGCCAACGUAUACCGAUGUACAUAUGUAUGUACAUACGGUCUUGUGAAUGUGACACCUACGCAACACGAAGCGCAUUAAAGUGCGAACUGAGCUCAGCAUCCCAGCGACAACGACAACAGCAUCAUCACAAAGAUUCACGCAAUACGCACGCGCCAUAAUACAAAGUCCAAUAAGACGAAAAGAGUCAGCAAUAGCAACAACAGUCGGGGCGCGAGCCGACGACGAAGCAGCUGCGUCGCAGCAGCCGAGCAGCAAACGCAAAGCAGCAUCCGCACAUUUACGCAGCGUUUAGUGUUGCGUUCGUGUGUGCCUGCUUGCGUGUGUGCGAGUGUGCGAGCACGUGUACGUGUGUGUGCCCUCGCGUUGGCAAUGUAUUGGCUAGCCUUGCCGUUUUGCCCUUUGGUGUGCAUGCUAUGCUUGUUUUCGGGAAUUAGCGACUUGACCUAUGGAUAUGGCGAUCUGUAUGAGCGCGGCAUCAACAACCGCGCCGGUGGCGCAGAGAAUACCCAAGAACGUCCACAGAACUGGUAUCAGCAGGCCCAUGGACGCUCCCUAAAUGCCGGCAAUGGACACAGUGUGCAUGGGGAUGAGCCAUCCGAAGAGCUGUUGCAGAAGGAGGACGAUCAUGAUUACCUCACUGCUUCCGAUUAUCCGCCACAUCAUGAGCAUGACGACCAUGAUCAUGACAUUGACAACGAUCAUGAUCACGAUCACGAUCACGAUCACGAUCAUGAUGACAAUCUCGACGAGGGCGACAAAUUGUAUGGACACGUUUUCACCAUGGAGCCCAUGAUUCCGCUGAAACCGAGCGUCGGAGUCGGUGUCGGCGCAGGCGUCGGCACUACAAACACCGGCGACACUCCUAAGUUCCGUAACGUGGGUGCCCAAGGAGGACGCGGCGAUAUGUAUGUUGUCCGAGAAUCAGAUCGCCAGACGAGCACACGGGGUCGCGAUGGGUUUGUCAGCGGCGCCAACAACAAGCAGAAGGGCUUCCGACCAUUCGCCAAUCGUGUCGUUGUCCACGACGAUCCGCGGCAGCUGGGACAGCCCGGGGAUGGAUACAGCGCCCCGCCGCCCAGUGGCUGCCACAAUAGCUGCGACGAUCUGCAGUGGCAGUGCAGCAAUUGCCAAUGUAUUGAGGCGCCGGGUCGCUGCAAUCGUGAGGUGCAGUGCACCGAUGGUUCCGACGAGCUCGACUGCGACAACAUGGACGACAUGAUGUCCAAGCUACAGAAGGAGUGCGAGCAGAGUGGCUUGCAUGUGAUGUGCCCAAAGACUUAUCGCUGUAUCAACAAAGACUGGCUUUGCGACGGCGACGAUGACUGCGGUGAUUAUUCGGAUGAAACUCAUUGCGGAGCUCGCACCAACUGCACCGAAGAUCAGUUUGAGUGCCAGAAUGGGUUCUGCAUUCCCCGGCAAUGGCUGUGCGAUGGCGAAAACGAUUGCAAGGACUACUCUGAUGAGGUACACUGCAAUCGCAGCAGUUGCACCGAUGAGCACUUCGCCUGCAACGACGGUUACUGCAUUUCGCUUGCCUUUCGCUGCGAUGGCGAACGCGACUGCGACGAUAACUCCGAUGAAUUGAAGUGCCCGGCUGUUAUCAACAGUUGUCCGGAGGGUGAAUUUAAGUGCCGCGGUGGCCUCGGUGGCGCUGGCGGCCCCAGCGGCCAAUGCAUUCUUAAUCGUUUCCGGUGCGACGGCGACAACGACUGCGGCGAUUGGAGCGACGAGGAGAAUUGCCAGCAGAAGCCAUCGCAGUGCACGUCGAACGAAUACAAGUGCGCCGAUGGCACGUGCAUCCCGAAGCGGUGGAAGUGCGACAAGGAGCAGGACUGCGAUGGCGGUGAGGACGAAAAUGAUUGCGGCAACAUGAGCCCCGAGCAUCCGAUCACCUGCGGCCCCGACGAAUACACUUGCCACAAUGGCCGCUGCAUUUUGCGUACCUGGCUUUGCGAUGGUUAUCCAGACUGCUCCUCGGCCGAGGAUGAGGUCGACUGUCUCCUGCAGUGUGACGCCGGUCAAUUCCUUUGUCCUGCAAAAAAGAACAUCACGAACCUGAAAAUCUGUGUACAUCAGAAGCACGUUUGCGAUGGACAAAACGACUGUCCGUUGGGCGAGGAUGAGGUCAAUUGUCCGGUUGAGCAAAAGUGCCCGGAGCCUAGGCAAUGCGAACAGCUGUGUAUUAAGACGGCGCGUAGCAAGGACGAAUGCGCCUGUCGCCUGGGUUACCUGAUGAACGAGAAUAAGCGCAACUGCACAGAUAUUGAUGAGUGCCAAUACCUCACCAGUCCGGUGUGCUCGCAAAAGUGUCACAACACAAUGGGCUCGUUUAUCUGCUCCUGCGAGAGUGGUUAUAUCCUGCGACCCGAUUUGCGUACCUGCAAGGCUCUGGGUGGAGCAAUGACGCUGCUGGUGGCCAAUCGCUGGGACAUUCGCCGUGUGACGCUCAGCAACAAUCGGUACAUGGCGAUUGUCAAAGGAUUGCACAAUGCCAUUGCACUGGACUUUCACUAUCGAAAGGGAUUGAUGUUCUGGUCGGAUGUCUCGACCGAUGUAAUCAAAAUGGUCUACAUCAAUGGCACACGCGUGCGUGACGUUAUCAAAUGGGGUUUGGAGUCCCCGGGCGGCAUCGCUGUCGACUGGGUGCAUGAUCUGCUCUUCUGGACCGACUCCGGCACACGGCGCGUCGAAGUCUCAAAUUUCCAGGGUAAUCUGCGCACGGUGAUCGCAUCGAGUGACCUGGACAAGCCGCGUGCUAUUGUCAUUCAUCCCGGCGAGGCCCUGGUCUUUUGGAGUGACUGGGGACCCAAUCCCAAGAUCGAGCGCGCCCAUAUGGAUGGCUCGCAGCGUCAGGUGAUCAUCUCGAAGGGCGUCACAUGGCCCAAUGGCCUGGCCAUUGACUAUCCGAACAGCAAGAUCUACUGGGCCGAUGCCAAGCAGCAUGCCAUAGAGUGCUCCAAUCUGGAUGGCAGCGAACGCAUCAAGGUGCUGAGCACACACCUGCCUCAUCCGUUUGCCUUGACCAUCUUCGAGGACACCAUGUACUGGACGGACUGGAACACUAAGACCGUGUCAGCGGCCAAUAAGAUAACGGGCAAGGGUUUUCGUUCGGUCCACGAGAACUUUCACUUCCCCAUGGACAUACACGCGUAUCAUCCAGCGAGGCAGCCGGACUAUCAGGACCGAUGCGCCAAGGACAGACGCGGCUUGCGUGGGGGCUGCUCGCAUUUAUGUCUGCCAAACAGGACAUCGCGUCGUUGCGGUUGUCCCAUUGGAUUGUCGCUGAAGGACGAUGGCAAGACGUGCAAGAGUGCACCUGAUAAGCUUGUGCUGGUGGCACGACGCAAGGACAUACGCUUGCGACAGCUGAACAGCAAGCCAGCUGGACCCAACGAAGUGGACAUGAUUGUGCCUCUGGACAACUUGAAGCACGCCGUAGCCCUGGAUUGGUGCAGUGAGACGGACUUCAUCUACUGGACGGAUGUGGAGCGCAGCUCGAUCAGCAAAGCACAUCUUAAUGGCAGCUAUCAACAGCGUGUUGUCCACUCGAAUCUAGAGUCGCCGGUGGGCUUGGCAUUGGACUGGAUCACCGAUAAACUCUACUGGACAGAUCCAUCGACGAAUCGCAUUGAGGUGGCCACCACCAAUGGCAAAAUGCGCACGCUCCUCGUCUGGGAGAAAUUGGACAAGCCGCGCGAUAUUGUCGUCAACCCCAUAGAUGGACUCAUGUUUUGGUCGGAUUGGGGCGAAGAGGCAAUGAUAGAGCGCGCCAACAUGGAUGGCGCUAGUCGUGUCAUCAUUGCCUCCAAAAAACUCAUCUGGCCCAAUGGCCUGGCCAUCGAUUAUGAUCAGCACAAGCUCUACUUUGUUGACGGCGGGACCAAGACCCUCGAGAACAUGAACUUUGAUGGCAGUAAUCGCAAGGCCAUUAUUACUGAUCUGGGCCAUCCCUUUGGACUGGAUGUGAGUGGCGGUCGCGUCUACUGGACAGAUUGGGACACCAAGUCAGCCAUGAGUGCCGACAAACUAACGGGCAAGAGUGUGGCCACGGUGAUUGCCAACAGCAGUGAUCUAAUGGACAUACGGGUCUUCCAUCGCACUCGCAGGCGUGUCUACAAUGCCUGCGAUAAGCACAACGGCGGAUGCUCGCACCUCUGUCUUCUGAAUCCAACCAAUUACACGUGCGCCUGCGCCGUUGGUGUGCAGCUCAAGGAGGAUGGACGCACUUGCUCCGAGGGACCUACGAGGUACAUUCUCUUUGCGCAUCGCAUUGAUAUACGUCAAAUCUCGCUGGACUUUGAUCAUCUGAUUGAUGUGGUGCUGCCAUUGCCACCCAUAUCAAAUGCGGUCGCCUUGGAUGUGGAUCAGAAGACGGGUUACAUUUUCUGGUCCGACACCAUCGAGAAUGUGAUAAUGAGCUCUAGUCCGGAUGGGUUGCAUGUCCACAAAGUGAUUGGCGAGAGCUUAGAGAAUCCCGAUGGUCUCGUCGUCGAUUCGAUAGGACGCACCAUCUACUGGGCCGAUGCGGGCAGACAUACGAUUGAGGUGGCCACACUCGAUGGUAAUCAUCGGCACGUAAUUGCUUACAAGGACUUGGAAUCGCCGCGAGGCCUAGCCCUCGACUAUGAGGCGGGUCUGCUCUUCUGGACGGAUUGGGGCCAUUAUCGCAAGAUCGAGCGUUCCCACCUCGAUGGCAAUGAACGUUCACGCAUCGUUACCGCUCACCUGGGCUGGCCCAAUGGUCUCUCGCUGGAUCUAAAGAGCAAACGCAUUUAUUGGGUCGAUGCGCGACUAAAGACAAUUGACUCUUGCGAUUAUACGGGCAACCAGCGUCAGUUAAUAAUGUCCUCGCUGCAUCAUCCAUAUGCACUUGCGCUCACAGAGGACUAUAUCUAUUGGACGGACUGGAAGUCGAAGGCAUUGCACAUGGCCGAUCGACGGAAUACAAGCGCCAAGCGUGAUGUAAUGACAAACAUUGAUGGACUGAUGGACAUCAAAGUGAUUUUCAAGCAUCAAUUGAUGCCAGAGAAUGUCUGUGGCCACAACAACGGCGGUUGCUCCCAUCUUUGUCUACGCAAUCCUGGCGGUUUCACCUGUCAAUGUCCAACGGGUCUCAAGCUGCGCGAGAACAGCACCACCCAAUGUCAAAGUCUGCCCGAUGAUUACCUGCUGAUUGCAUUGCGCUCGGGGAUUGGCAUGAUCUCGCUGAAUAGCGGAGACUAUAUGGAUGUUGUGCUGCCCAUCAGCGGCGUCCAUGGUGCCGUCGUUCUCGACUAUCACUAUCGCAAGAAUUGGCUUUUCUUCGCCGAUGUUAAUCUCGAUGUUAUUCGCCGGGUCAAUCUUCUAAACUUAACCGAGAGCAGAGUGAUUGUUAGCACCGAACUGCUGACUCCCAAUGGCAUUGCUGUUGACUGGAUUGCAGAGAAUCUCUACUGGUCGGAUACCGAUCGCAAGUUAAUCGAAGUCGCACGCAUCGAUGGCACCUGUCGGAAGAAACUCAUCACCGAGGACUUGGGCGAUCCACGCUCCCUUAUUGUACAUCCGUCCAAAGCCUACCUCUUCUGGUCGGACUGGAACUCGCCGGCUAAAAUCGAACGCAGUUUCCUCGACGGCUCAAAUCGCACAGCAAUUGUCACUUCGGGAGUAGGAUUUCCCACAGGCCUUACCAUUGAUUUCACCAAUCGCCGACUUCUUUGGGCCGAUGCUUUGGAGGACAACAUAGGCCAGGUGGACUUUAAUGGUAAACGGCGUCAGACUAUCGUGCCCUAUGCUCCACAUCCUUUCGGCCUGACUAUGUUUGAAAGCAACAUCUAUUGGACGGACUGGUACAACAAAUCCGUAUACCGUUCGCAACGGGUGCCGCGCAUGGGAUACAGUUAUCCCUUCGAAGUGCGUGACGCACUCAGCGGGGCACUGGACAUUCGUGCCGUGUCGUUGCAGCGACAGGCAAAGGGUUGGAAUCAAUGUGCCCAAGACAAUGGAGGAUGCUCGCACUUGUGCUUCUAUCGGGGCAUCGAUUACGUAUGCGCUUGUCCCGACCGACUGGAGAGCGAUCACCGUCAAUGCUCCACGACACCCAAGGAGUUGGUGCAAGCGCGCCUGGAGAGCGAUCAGCAACCGGAUUACUCGGAUGAGUUGACCGAUGACACAACAUCAACGGAGAAUCAGAAUAGCAACGGCAAUCAGUUCGACGAUGAUCUAAAGAGCAAAGAGGACAACGAACGGGAAUUCUUUGUAUUGAUCGCACUCGGUGUUGUCAUUGUCAUGGUCGUCAUCAUAAUGCUGGUGAUGUUCAUGCUUGCAUUAAAUACGAAUCGCAAGAAAACAAAGCGCAAUUCACGUGGCUCCAGUCGCUCAGUGUUGACGUUUUCCAAUCCCAACUACAAUGUGGAUGGUACACCGAUGGAGCCCAAGACGAACAUCUGGAAGCGCUUCAAAUAUGAUAAAUCGCACGAACGCGCCGGGGUUUACGAGGAGAGAAGUCUGACCACAGAGACAGCUUCCUCUAGCCUGUUUGUGCCCACGCCAUCGCCAAUGGCAUCGCCGUCAACAAAGACUAUGCAACUGACAACGCUCUCGACUAUCACAUAAAUUCAAAAUGACCUCACAACAAAUCAGCAUAAAAAUACAAAACAAAAAAAAAAAAGAAAAAAAAAACAAUUAAAUAAAAAACGCAAAAAACUGCACAAAAACAAAGAAAAAAACCCCAAAAAAAAGAAAAGAAAACA